GAGCGCUUACAUUCGGGGCGUGGUUGCAGCUCGCGUCUGGUUGGCCGCCGACCCGCACAGUGCGCACCGUAUCGACCGGCCACGUCAGGAUUUGUCCGUUACGAAAAGUUCGUUAGACUCUCGUUGGCGACUGGUCCAUCUCAGACACCGGUGUGCACUCGAGGGAGCAUCUCCGUUUGCGGCAGUCAGAUUUAUAUUUCUCGUGACCGAGUUAAGAAACUUAAAUCAAUCAACAUGAGGGAGAUCGUCCACAUCCAGGCUGGCCAGUGCGGAAACCAGAUUGGUGCUAAGUUCUGGGAAAUCAUUUCUGAUGAGCAUGGCAUCGACCCCACCGGGGCGUAUCAUGGCGACUCCGACCUGCAGCUCGACCGCAUCAACGUGUACUACAAUGAGGCCUCAGGUGGCAAGUAUGUGCCCCGUGCCAUUCUUGUCGACUUGGAGCCUGGUACCAUGGAUUCCGUGAGGUCUGGACCUUUCGGCCAGAUCUUCAGGCCAGACAACUUCGUCUUCGGACAGAGCGGUGCUGGCAACAACUGGGCUAAAGGACACUACACUGAGGGCGCUGAGCUUGUUGACGCUGUCUUGGAUGUUGUUAGGAAAGAAGCUGAAGGCUGUGAUUGUCUUCAGGGCUUCCAACUCACCCACUCCCUUGGCGGUGGUACCGGCUCUGGCAUGGGCACCCUCCUCAUCUCCAAGAUCCGUGAAGAGUACCCCGACAGGAUCAUGAACACAUACUCCGUCGUCCCCUCACCCAAAGUUUCAGACACCGUCGUAGAACCCUACAAUGCCACCCUCUCGGUCCACCAACUUGUAGAAAAUACCGAUGAGACCUACUGUAUCGAUAACGAAGCUCUCUAUGAUAUCUGCUUUAGGACCUUGAAGCUUAGCACUCCUACCUAUGGUGAUCUUAACCAUCUUGUAUCUCUCACCAUGUCUGGUGUCACCACCUGCCUUAGGUUCCCUGGUCAGCUCAAUGCUGAUCUCCGUAAAUUAGCUGUCAACAUGGUUCCAUUCCCCCGUCUCCACUUCUUCAUGCCUGGCUUUGCCCCUCUCACUGCCAGAGGCAGCCAGCAGUACCGUGCCCUGACUGUUCCUGAGCUGACCCAGCAGAUGUUCGAUGCCAAGAACAUGAUGGCUGCCUGCGACCCACGACAUGGACGCUACCUCACCGUUGCUGCCAUCUUCCGUGGCCGCAUGUCCAUGAAGGAGGUCGACGAGCAGAUGCUGAACAUCCAGAACAAGAACAGCAGCUACUUCGUUGAAUGGAUCCCCAACAAUGUCAAGACUGCCGUGUGCGACAUUCCUCCUCGUGGUCUCAAAAUGUCCGCCACCUUCAUUGGUAACUCCACCGCCAUCCAGGAGCUGUUCAAGCGUAUCUCUGAGCAGUUCACCGCCAUGUUCAGGAGGAAGGCCUUCUUGCAUUGGUACACUGGUGAGGGCAUGGACGAAAUGGAGUUCACUGAGGCCGAGUCCAACAUGAACGACUUGGUUUCUGAAUACCAGCAAUACCAGGAGGCUACUGCCGAAGAAGAUGCCGAGUUUGAUGAGGAGCAGGAAGAGGUUGAGCAGGAUUAAGUUUGUUGUCUUGUCUCCACUGCUAUAUGCUCUGCCUAUGACAUCCUGCUGUGAUGCUGUAGUCACAGCAUAUCUCAGCUUUUUCUACUUCAGAUCUUUUGCUAUAAAUUUUCUAUUGUUUGCGGUGGUAUAACUUGGUUCUGUUGCUGCUGAUGUCAUGCUUGGCUGUCAACUGGUUUGUUCUAGUCUUGGCGUAAAGAUCAACUUUGUAAAAGCAUGCAACCUAGUUAUUUAUACAGCCUGUUUUGUACCUGCUGAUCUGACUCGUACCUGCCUUGAUUAAAACCCGGUUUAAUUUA